AAAAAAACUGCCCGUCGCUGUCUUAGGAGGAAUACGGCAGGGCUGCGCGCAGCUUGCAAUUGGAAGCCUUUUCCCGUGAUGAAUGAACGGUGCUAACCGAGCCGGCUAUAAAACUGAACGCAGGUCCCUCGCCUACUUCAUUUGCAGCCGGACCAGGUGCGGAGAGCAUCUCACCCCCCUCCAGAAACAUCGCAGCCCUUGUCUCCGCCGGAGUUUUCAACUUACAGGUGUCAGGACUUGCCAACUCCUCUCCUGGAAAGAGGAGCUGCGGAAGUGAGAAAAUGUGGUUGCUGGAGAAAAUCCGCGGCUCGGUGGAGAACGGCGGCUCCCGGGGGAACGGCGACUCCGGCGAUAAGCAGUCCAAAGGGCCUCUGUACAGCAACGUCCUGACGCCGGACAAGAUCCCGGAUUUCUUCAUCCCGCCCAAGCUCCCGAUGGUGCCCCCAGAAGCAGAGGGGGCAGAAGGGAAGGCAAAGCCCAAUCUGGGCACGUCGGCCUCAGAGCAGAACCUCUCAGCCCGCAAGCCGCAGCGCAGCCCGCGCUUGCCGGCCAAAGCCGCAUCGGAGAGCAAGAAUCUCCUGAAGGCCGCCAGCCGCCACAUCAUCCAGAUCGAGAGCGCCGACGAAUGGGCAUCCGAGGAGGACUUCAGCACCAACGCAGACCCCCAGUCGCAGACGGCCAUGUCCCUGCCGUACGUGCCCAAGGCGCAGACGUCGUACGGCUUCGCCACGCUCAUGGAGAGCCCGCACACUCGCCGCAAGGAGUCCCUCUUCCACAGCGAGCACACCAGCCUCUGCCCGUCGCAGUCGACCUCUCCCAGCUCCCAGCGGAGGUCUCCUUCGGGAGGGAGCAAGACCAACGGCGAGGGCGGCCACCUCAACCCUUCGGACAUCAGCAUGUCCCUCAUGAACCCCUACCGCUACUUCAGCGGCGGCGAAAGCGACACGUGCUCCUCGGCCGAGUCGUCCCCGUUCGGCUCCCCCUUGCUCUCGCGCUCGGUGUCGCUCCUCAAGAUCUUCAGCCAGGAGAGUCAGUCCAAAGUCAUCAAGCUGAAGCACUCGGUGGCGCGCAACAGCUCCCUCUCCACCGACGACAGCUCGGCCGACACCAGCCCCAGCUCACAGCGGCGCCAGCGGUGUGCCACCCCUCCCGUGGGGGCAGCCGGCGCGGCACAACAGCCGGCGGCGCCGGCAGACCAGCCAGAGCGACUUCACAAGGAGCACAUCAUUCCCUUGAGCAAAGGGGGCAGCAUGCGGCUGGCGGCCGAAUACAACCCUUCGAGUGCGCGCCUUCGGGUGCGCGUAAUCACGGCGGAAGACCUCUACGACAAGCACUGCGACGCGCGGAGCAUCAAUUGCUGCGUGGCCCUCUACCUGAACCCCGGGAAGUUGCAAAAACAGCGCAGCACCAUCAUCAAGAACAGCCGCUACCCCGUCUUCAACGAAGAUUUCUUCUUUGAUGGGCUGGGGGCCAGCAACGCCAAGAAACUUUCACUCAAGGUCAAGGUGCUCAACAAGGGAGGCAGCCUCAAGAGAGACACCCUGAUGGGGGAGAAGGAGCUCCCCUUAACGUCUUUGCUCCCAUUUUCAUAAAACGACCUUGGUCAUGCCUCCCUCUUGCACCCGUCCCAUCCGGAAUGGCUCGUUCCUCCACCCUGUAAAUACAAGGAAGUUGGAGGGGGAGGCUGACACAAGAUGGUGAUGGCUACUCAGUGUGUCCCCCACCCCCGAAAAAAUGCUUGCUGCAUGUUUUAGGGCAGGGAGGGAGGGGGGGAGUAAGCAUGUAAUCUCGCCGGCUGCUGAUGCGAUCCCUUUCCUUGCGAGAUCGAAAAUAUAAUUGCCUGUCCGGGGUUGACAAGAUUUUGCCCUGUGCACAGUGAAGCGUUCUGAGUUUAUCAAAGAGAUGAGCUCAUUGCGGGGAGAUAAGGGGGGUGACUAUUGGGCUGUUGUAAGUCUGGGAAGGGAUCCUCAGAACGGAUUUUUGCUGCGGCAUGUUGAUGCAUGAGCGCAACGGGCUUUUUGCUCUGCUUCCUUCUCCCUGUCGUACCUGGAUCCCGUUAAACUGCAUGCAGUGUAGCAAACUGGCGAUCCCCAUCGGCCAUCAGCUGUGCUUGACCGACGUUGUCUGAGCAAAGGUGGUCAACAGACAGGAAUUAGUCCGGUGGGAGACAGCGUGAACCAGGGGUCACCAACUUAUGGGAUCUGUGGGUGCGUUUAGAAACCCGGAGAAAUGGUUGUGGACACACGACCUGUUCUGUUGGGUACGACUGAACGCUUAUAUCAGGAGCUAAUUUUGGGUGCCGGUUAGGGGAAGAGACUUUCCUGUGGGUUUCCUGUGUUGCCACAGUUGCUGUGUUGGUGACCCUCAGUGUAAAUAACCCAGUUGCCUUAUGGGAAAGGGGACAGGGGAAAUGGCCCUCAUUAUCCGAACAUCCUUGCCUUAACAACCUUUUGCAAACGAUGGAUUUGCACCUGGGAGCUGGGGGUGGCUCGUUCUUUUGCAAGGAGGUACCCUAGCAAGGAUGGGACGCGGGUGGCGCUGUGGGUUAAACCACAGAGCCUAGGACUUGCCGAUCAGAAGGUCGGCGGUUCGAAUCCCCGUGACGGGGUGAGCU